GCCCUAAAUCAUAUAAACAGACCGUGGCUCUGCAUAUAGAUUUCAAGAUUGGAGCCCUAAUACAUAUCUGCCGCAUUUCUCUGUUCUCUUCACUCUUCACUCUCUCAAUCUCUCUCUGUGUGUUUCUCUCUCUCCAGCAGACGAAACAGUAAACAGCCACCAUGGCAGAUGAAACUUCCAAUGAUGUUAAGGACGAGGUGGCAGAACUUGCCCCCUUUGAUCCUACUAAAAAGAAGAAGAAGAAGAAAGUUGUUAUACAGGAUAGUGCAGAUGAUUCUGUGGACAAGCUCACCGAGAAAACUGAAUCAUUAUCAGUCUCUGAUGGGCUUGAGGGUACUUUCACUGGUUUGAAAAAGAAGAAGAAGAAGCCGAUAGAAACAAGUAUUUUGAAUGAAGAAAGUGUGGAUACAGGAGAAGAUUUGAAUGAUCAUGCAGGGGAGGAUGAAGAAGGAGAAGGAAUUGAGCUGCAACAGCAGCUUUAUCCAUGGGAAGGGAGCGACCGUGAUUAUGAAUAUGAAGAGCUUCUUGGUAGGGUUUUCAAUAUUUUGCGGGAGAACAAUCCAGAACUUGCUGGGGAUAGGCGAAGAACUGUGAUGAGGCCUCCUCAGGUUCUUCGUGAGGGAACAAAGAAGACUGUUUUUGUAAAUUUUAUGGAUCUCUGCAAGACAAUGCAUCGGCAACCAGAUCAUGUGAUGGCCUUCUUACUUGCUGAAUUGGGGACAAGUGGAUCACUCGAUGGACAGCAAAGGCUAGUUGUGAAGGGAAGAUUUGCUCCCAAAAAUUUUGAGGGUAUCCUGCGGCGAUAUAUCAAUGAGUAUGUCAUUUGCCUUGGUUGCAAAAGUCCAGACACUAUACUUUCAAAGGAGAACCGUCUCUUUUUCCUCAGAUGUGAGAAGUGUGGUUCUGGACGAUCAGUUGCCCCAAUCAAAGCUGGUUUUGUUGCUCGUGUUGGCCGCAGAAAUGCAGGGACAUGAGUCUUCUAAGCUGUAUUUUGAUGCCUGCCGUAGAAGUAAAAAUAUACAUGAGCCUUUUAAAUCUGAGCUGUGCAGUUCAGAAGCUGUGAACCUUGUUUCCAGUAUCUGCUAUCCACUGUUUACCCUGAUAUUUACUGGAGUUAAAUAAUUCUAUUUACCAAGUUCUGAGUGAGCUUUUGUUUUGUUAAUUACAUCUUGGAGAAAAUAGUAUCGAUUUGGUUGGUUGAUCAUUAUGUCAA